GAGAAGGUUGAGGCACAGCCCACUAGCGUGCACUGUUAUUUGGCGAUUUCAUGAAGGAGGAAUAAUUCAUUUAUCUGACGAAAAAUGGGUGGAAAUACAUAAACCCUUCUUCUGUCCCGUGAUUAAUAAUCUUUGGUUUUAAUCAGAAUAACGGUGCGCGUUUCAAUGAGCGUGUCCUCUGCAUCGUCGUCCUACUACUGAAACACUCUUAUUCAGGUCCUCCCUCUAUGGGGAUGAUAGAAGAUGGAGGAGAAAAGUCUACGUGUAGCAGACUACUUUGUGGUGGCAGGACUCACCAACUCUUCUAAACCCCUCGAGGAUGAUGUCCACCCCGAGGAUGGAAGUCACAGGAUCUCAGCUCAGCUUAAAGCUCCCAUCACCGAUGUGGCGGUAGUGAUGCGCUCUCUGGGGGAGGAGGUACCUCGAGGAUAUACCUGCAUUGAAUGCACUCCCUCUGGCCUGCCUGCAGAACUCAAUGGAGGAAGUCUUAUGGGGCCGCAGAUCUUUCUCUGCUAUAGGAGGGGCAGAGACAAACCGCCGCUUACAGACCUAGGUGUCCUCUAUGAGUGGAAGGAGAAAUUGAAGCCAGAUUGUAACAUUAUACAGACCACACCCUCUGGCCGCCCUGCUAAUAUCAGUAGCUCCUCCUCCCAAAGGAUCUACAUCACACACCGGCGUGCAUCUGAGAAUCACUCUCAUUCCACGCUGGCUGUCACAGACAUCUGUGUCAUCAUUCCCGGCAAGGGAGAGACGCCGCCACAUGCCUUCUGCAAAGUGGAAAAGAAUCUCAACAGUAGCAUGUGGGGAUCCUCUGUGUACUUGUGCUACAAAAAGUCUUUGGCCAAAACCAAUACCCUGGCAUUCAAAGCAGGUCUGCUGUCCCGAUAUCCCGAAGAGGACCACAAAUCUUUUCCUCUGCCUGAAUCUGUACCCCUUUUUUGUCUGCCAAUGGGGGUGUCCAUCGAGUGCUGGCCCUCUCACACCAAAUAUUCCCUCCCCGUCUUCUCAACAUUCGUUCUCACCGGCGCCUCUGGAGAGAAGGUUUAUGGAGCUGCCAUCCAAUUUUAUGAGCCCUACCCAGAGGAACAUUUGACUGACAAGCAGCGAUCUCAGCUGGGCCUUCUGGGUAAAGGGCUCAGGUCUGAUGGAUCUGUGACUGUCCACACCAACAAAAGCAUCUGCCUUCUUUCUCACUGGCCCUUCUUCGAUGCUUUCCGUAACUUCCUCACCUUCCUCUACAGAUACUCCAUCUCGGGUCCGCACACUUUGCCCAUUGAGAAGCAUAUUUCUCAUUUCAUGCACAAGGUUCCUUUCCCCUCCUCUCAAAGGCCACGGAUCCUGGUGCAGCUGUCCCCACAUGAUAGCCUAAUGCUGAGCCAGCCAAUUUCCUCUCCUCUCCCUCUGAGUGGUGGAAGACUCUCUACGCUGCUGUUAAACCUCGGACCUAAGAAUGCAGUAACACUGCUGGUGUUGGCUGUCACAGAACACAAAAUCUUAGUGCACUCCCUGCGCCCGGCCGUUGUGACUAGCGUUACAGAAGCCCUAGUGUCGAUGAUAUUUCCUUUCCACUGGCCGUGCCCGUACAUUCCUCUCUGCCCGCUGGCCCUGGCAGAUGUGCUCAGUGCUCCGUGCCCUUUCAUCGUAGGGGUGGACUCACGUUACUUUGACCUCUAUGAGCCCCCGACCGACAUUAGCUGUGUGGACCUGGACACCAACACUAUAACCCACAAAGAAGAGCGCCGAGCACUGACCUGGAAGAUCCUGCCAAGAAAAGCCUGUAAACAUUUGAUCAACACCCUCAGCAAUCUCUACCAGCAACUGGAUGAGGGUUAUCAGAUGAGACGUGAGGAAGGGCAGAUGGAGGCCUUCAUGACCGAGCGGGAACCUGGCAGUGGUGGGAAGACUUUGGAAACCUUAGAGAUGGAGAUUCAAGAGGCUUUCCUUCGCUUCAUGGCGGCCAUCUUAAAGGGCUACCGGCAGUACCUCUUGCCCAUCACGCAGGCUCCGUCUGAGAAAGCAACUGACGCCAGUUCAUUGUUUGAUCUGCAAGGCUUUUUGAAGAGUCGUGACCGAUCCCAUCAAAAGUUUUACUCCCUCAUGACAAAGACUCAGAUGUUCAUCCGUUUUAUAGAGGAGUGCUCAUUUGUCAGCGAUAAAGAUGCGAGCCUUGCUUUCUUUGAUGACUGCGUUGACAAGCUAUUUGGCACAGAGAAGGGAGGAAAGGUCGACAGUGAGAAACCCGAGGACACAAGGCUUAUUGAACUUGACGAAUCGCACCGUAGUGAGCACACGGUUUACAUCACCCCCCCAGAGCUGCCAGCACUGCCAGAGGGAGAGGAGCCACCUUUGGUGUACAGCUACAGUGGGUUUCCGGUACUGAACAUCCGACUCUUUGAACUUCAGGAUGGUCCCAGAGUCCCCACAGCACCUUCAGUUUUGAGACACAUCAGUCCCAUCAGCCCAGCUGCCAUUUUUAGACGCUCACAACAGGAGAUCAAAUCAGCCCAGAAGAUGGCUAAGACCUACUCCUCCAUCCCUCAGAUGUGGUCUAAGUGUCUUCUCCGGCACUGCAACGGCCUGUGGUUCAUCUCCUUGCCUGCAUACGUCAGCGCUUGCCACUCUAAAGUGCGGGUGCUGCAUACUGCCUACGAUGUGCUGAGGAACAUGCAGGACAAAAAGUUGCAGCCCCCAGAUGAGGUCUGUUACCGGGUUCUGAUGCAGCUGUGUGGGCAGUAUGGACAGCCUGUUCUUGCCGUUCGGGUUCUCUUUGAGAUGAAGAAAGCUGGUGUGCAGCCCAAUGCAAUAACAUAUGGAUACUAUAAUAGGGCUGUAUUGGAGAGCACGUGGCCAUCUUCCACCAGAGGGGGUUACUUCCUGUGGGGAAAGUUGAGAAAUGUGCUUCGGGGUGUGGUGCUGUUUAAACAAAUGUGGAGGAGACAGACCACCCACCCGAAAGACACCAAUCUGUCCGCAGAUGCCAGCGAUCUUGACAACGUCAGCCAUGGCAGUCUGGACAGCUCCAACGAUUUGGCAGAGCGAGCUUCUAUCGAUACCGACUUCACUAAAAUGGAUUCCAGCGAUGACAGAUCCAGCACAGGCGGCCAGUCGGAUCAGGGUUAUGACUCUCUGUCUAAAGAGGAGGUGAGGUUAGGAGGAGUUGAGGAGCAUAUCUCAUCUCCCGACAUGAAGGAGAAGGACAGAAGCCCAUUGUGUCAGAUGACGCCCUUGAAAAAAGAAAACUCCUCCCCAGUGCUUGGUUUCCAUCCAUCCGCAUCCAACGUACAAUCCAGCGGUGUCUUCUCUAAAGCCCUCCCAAAAUCCAAAAGGCCAAACUCUCUGGAUAUCUUCGGAGAAAGACCUGUUAGGCCCAGCACACUAGAUUUAACCCCAGAAAACACAGUAGGCAAAAAACAAGCAGUGGGGGGCGUCAUGAGCCCACCUAAACUCGCUGUGGAGAGGACUGUUAGCUGCAUGGUAGCCAUGGAGAAGGAGCACGUUGCCAUGGAGAGGAGUGUGAGCUGCAGCGAUGCUCUUGGGCAAACUGUAAAACGAACAGGGAUCGAAGCAGGAUUUGAUCCUCUCUCCCUCAUGGCCGCUGAGACCAAAGACCACAGUGAGGGGGACAAUGCGGACACCCUCACCGCUCGACGAGACCUGGCUGAAGAGAUUCAACACUACAUGAACAACCUAAGUAGCCCGAUAAGCCAGCGGUCUCUCAGCGUGGAGCUGAAGGGACCCCAAACCCCUUCUCCUCAUAGCUCUCCACUCAUGUCUGCAGCGGUCGGCUCUCCCAUCACCUCUCAGCUUCAACCUCAGCCACGAACCAGACUCUUCUCUUCGCCCUCCCUCCCUCAAGGGCGUGCCCGUAGGGCCAGGGAACCACGGCCCAACUCCCUGGCCUCUCCCUCUUCACCUUCUCAUUCCACUUCAUCCUUCUCCAUGGACUCUCUGCUCACCCCGACAUUGGACGUGUUCAAGAGCAGCUUCCUGUCUGCAGGAAAGGGCGUCGCUGAGAAAGCCAGUCGCCUGUAUUCGCGACUUUCCUCACAGACCUCCAUUGCGCAGGAUUUGAACUCGGACCAGGUCAGCGUGUCCUCGCUCGGGUCAGUUGACCCUGAGUGCUCUUCUCUUAUUGAGAGUGAUUCUGGCGUGGACCCCGACAGGCUUUCUUCUCCCCAGCGGGAUGGAGCUCAUCCCAUCACGCGGCCCAGGAGAAGUCCUAACAGGAUAAAAACCAGCAUCGAAAGCCCGUCCACACCGGCUCGACUCUUCCGCCAAUCCUCCCUCACUGGAUCAUCUUUGACGUUAAUGAAAGCUCUGCAGAGUCCAGAUGUGGGUGCAGAUUUGAACCUCGCUCAGAUGGGGCAGAACUAUGAUAUUGAUGUACGGAUGUCCAGUUGUUCACGCUGUAACACCUGUGAGUGUUUGGUGUAUGAUGAAGAGAUUAUGGCCGGUUGGACAGCUGACGACUCCAAUCUCAACAGCACAUGCCCGUUUUGCGGCUCCCCAUUUCUGCCUCUGCUUAAUGUGGACAUCAGAAACCUGGGAGACCAAGAAACUCAAGACUCUCAUACUGUCCAGACAGAUGAAAAUGAGGAUAUUUCAGAAGAUCAAAAUGCCACGAGAAAACCAAACAGCAAUGGCAAAAAAGACCCUGAGCCAGUAACUGUUCCCUAUCUGAGUCCUCUGGUGCUUUGGAAGGAACUGGAGAGCUUACUGGAGAACGAGGGCGAUCAGGCCAUCUCAUCCGCAUCCAUUGUGGAUCACCACCCCAUCGUCUUCUGGAACCUGGUGUGGUUUUUCCGUAGGCUGGACCUACCCAGCAGCCUGCCAGGACUCUAUCUGAGCUCCAAACACUACAACAGAGAUGCUCAGCCUCUGCAAAGCUGUGUGUCAGAAGAUAGCAAGAAUGUCUUGGUCCAGAUCCUUUGGGACAACCCUAGACUGCAUCAGGACCCUAUCCAGCCCUGCUACUUGCUCUGGAAAUCAUAUUGUGCAAAUCCUGCAGUAUCUGCUGCUGUGUGGGAAGAGGAGCAGGCGAUGAGUCUAGAGCUGCUGCAGAGCGUCGUGAAGAGCAUCCAGAAGAAUGAUGUCUACCACCCCAUGAGUCAAAUACUGCAGCUGAUGGGCACUAGACUGGGCUUUGUCAGACAACGGAGCUUAUAUAGAGACAUCCUGUUCCUGUCAUUGGUGGCUUUGGGCAAGAGUAGCAUCAAUAUUGAUGCAUUUGACCGCGAAUACAAAAUGGCGUAUGACCGGUUGACUCCCAGCCAGGUCAAGAUGACCCACAAUUGUGACCGACCACCUAGCGCUGGAGUCAUGGAGUGCAGAAGAACCUUCGGGCUGCCUGUCCUGUGACUUCACCUUUAUUAAUCUUCUCAUUCCUCUUUCUUUCCUCGCAUUCAUGGCACAAAGUCAUCAAGACAUCCUGGAGGUCCAAGGUCCAGCCAAAGAAGGAACGCUUUCAUUCGUGUGAUCCUGAACAUUUAUUGAAACCAAAGCUACCUCUGGUUCUCAUGUGGUCCCAUGUAGAGACUGUCCCUGGCUGUCUCUGUGAUUGUUUUGGCACAGGUCUAGAAUGCUUUUCUAUGUACAUUAUCCAUUUUAUCACCUGCUUUCCUUAACAUUUGUUCUUCCAUCUGUCUCAACCCCUCUCAGACGCUUUUGGGCCACAUUUAAAUCCUUUAGCACCAUUCAGGUAAACUUGAGGUCAUUGUAGAAUAGGAGCAAUAGCAUUGUGCUCAGGUCAUUUUAUCACUCCAUCAGUUCAUACAGAGUGAAUCGUGGAGUGGAUGUGCGACCACUAGCUGUAAAACAAUCAAACUUCAGUCACAAUAUUUACGCGUAGUAUAGAAGCACAAUAAACAACCCCACAACACACAGUCCGCUGGGAUCUAUGGGCACUUGUAUACAGCGUAACGCCUACGGAGAGACUUUUGUGUACAUAUGUGUAUUAUUAUUUUAAAUAUUUGUAUGAUACAGUUAUUUUUUAAGACAGAAAUUUGUUAUAACUGAUGUGUCUCCGUUUGUAAAGAAUAUGGUGUUUGUUGUGUACAGGUUUCAUUUUGAGUUGUGUUCGAUGUUCUGGUCCUGGGGACCAGUGGUGGUUGACUGUCAGUAUUAAUAUGGAUUUAACUCCUGAGGUACAGAACUGGACCAAAUAUUCUUUCAUGAGUUGUACGUUUAGUGGGAUUUUGAGGUGAGAAAUGCCUUAUCUUGGGCUGGACCAAUUAUGUACAAACAUUAUAGAGACAAAUUAUAACAGGGUAUAAAGUGUAAGGAAGUAUAUAAGUAUGAGGUAAAGGGUAAAAAUUGACUGUUUUUUGAGACUACGCUUGACCUGUCUACGCUACUGUAGAACUCAUUUUUUUUAACAUUUAAUUUAUAUUGUACAGUAAUCGUCAUGAUACAAAUUACACAAAGCCGAUGAGCAUACAAACACUUCAUUUAGUGUAAUUCUAUCUCUUAACAUAUAGUAACUGGAACCGUUGUAUUUGAAUACCAUUCAAUAAUAUCAUUGUUAAUCGAAGUUGCACUUUGAAUGUGUUUGGUUGGAGAGUUUCUGAAUUGUAAAAGCUCCUGAUAAGCGUACCAUAAGUUUACCAUCAUAUGUGAAAAAACUGUAUAUGUAUUAAUACACAGUGAUGCAUUGAUGUUUAUGUCCGGAGUGGGAAAACAACGGAUAAUACUGCCCCAUGUAGGAUGAUUUUUUUUACAAAAGUGUUAUUUUGUUUAGUGACCUGAUGCUGUGUAAAACUACACAUUUAAUACAAACGAAAUAUAUUAGUAUUCUGCUGACAAUGUAGGAGCAGUUUUUCUAUCACCUGCUUUGUUAGAUCAUUUGGCAUAGUGUAGUGAAAAACUGAUCUAUUUCAUGGUAAGCUCAUUUAAAGCUGGUAAUGUGCAAGAUGGUUAAUUAUUUGUUUGUUUUUUAACAUGUUAUGUUAGGGCAAUGUGCUUUACAUAUCACUCCUUUUGUUACUUCUAUUUAUAUUUGUAUAUAUCAUUUUGUCAGAUCUGAGCCAGAUCAAAUGUUUAGAACUGUAAAUAAACAUACGGUACUCAAACCA